AAUACAAAGAUUCCGCGUACAAAAACUAGUAUCAUCCACCGUCACGGCGGCGUUCGCCAAAAUAACCGGGAGUAAUUUUACAUUUUCGAUUCAGAUUUGAGUCCGCCGCCGGCCCGGCGAGAGCGUCGCGCGCCAUUGCAAAAUUCAUUUAAAAAUAUAACGCGUUUCGUUACUGCAGUGUUGUUUCUAAAUAUAGUUUUGUGUUGUGGAUCAUGAUUUUAUAUUGGUACAAACAGGCAGUAAUCAACUAGAAUUCAAUAUCGUGUGAACGUUUGAAAAUAAAUGGUCCCAGUGUAUGUUAUGUGAAGUUCUGUGAGCGUGCGAGCGAGACAGCGACGGUGGCUGAAGAGAGACAGAAGAUGUCGCUAGUCGCGCCACGGCGGGUCCAGUUGGACUGGGCACCUUCUAUAAUACCUUGGGAGAAAGAGCCAACCUGCGAGAGGGACUCCUCCUUCAAGCAGGCGCCGCACCAGUCCAACGGAUCCGAGUCCUCGUCAUCAUCAGCGGACACCGACUCUCAGGGCUCAGGGUCCGAAGCGCGGCCCCAGCGAAAUGUGCCCCAGCGUGAAGAGAGGCGAUUUGAAGCCGCCCUCGCCCCGCGGGUCAAUCAAGCCAAUCCAUUAUUAAGGUCUCGAACUUUACCAAACUUCGGAGGUAAACGCGAGCGCUCUGUGUCCCGCUGCGAUACAUCGCGCCGCGCCCACCACAUCACCAUGGCCAGCGAGGAUCUGCUCCAGCCAGGACACGUGGUCAAGGAGAGAUGGAAGGUCGUGAAGAAAAUCGGCGGUGGGGGCUUCGGCGAGAUCUACGAGGGUCUGGACCUGGUGACCCAGGAACAGGUGGCCCUGAAGGUGGAAUCCGCGAGACAGCCCAAGCAGGUGCUGAAGAUGGAGGUGGCCGUGCUGAAGAAAUUGCAAGGCAAAGAGCACGUCUGCCGCUUCAUAGGGUGCGGUCGGAACGCGCGUUUCAACUACGUAGUAAUGCAAUUGCAAGGGAGGAACCUUGCAGAGUUGAGGAGGGCGCAGCCGAGGGGCGCCUUUUCACUGUCCACCACACUCAGGUUGGGCCUGCAAAUACUCAAGGCGAUAGAUUCCAUACACUCGGUCGGAUUUUUACAUAGGGAUAUUAAACCAAGCAACUUUAGCAUAGGCCGACACCCAUCAAAUUGUCGGAAGGUGUACAUGCUGGAUUUUGGUCUAGCCAGGCAGUAUACAACCAGCAACGGACAGGUCAGGCCUCCUCGCGCCGCGGCAGGGUUCAGAGGUACAGUCCGCUACGCGUCAAUAAACGCCCACAAAAACAAGGAGAUGGGCCGCCACGACGACCUGUGGUCACUCUUCUACAUGCUGGUAGAGUUUGUGAACGGGCAGCUGCCGUGGAGGAAGAUCAAGGAUAAGGAGCAGGUCGGACUAAUGAAAGAGAAGUACGACCACCGCCUCCUCCUCAAGCAUCUGCCGUCAGAGCUCCGCCAGUUCCUCGAACACGUCCAACAGUUGGAAUACGCGGACAGUCCAGAUUACUGCAUGCUGACAGCGCUUCUGGAGAGGUGCUGCAAGCGGAGAGGCAUCAGGGACACCGAUCCGUACGAUUGGGAGAAAGAUGCGGGGGUGGGGCUGGCGGGGCGUGCGCGCGCCGCCGUGCACGCGCCCGAGCACGCCGCGCCCACCGACAGCGUGCCCGACAACGCGGGGGUGGGGCUGGCGGGGCGUGCGCGCGCCGCCGUGCACGCGCCCGAGCACGCCGCGCCCACCGACAGCGUGCCCGACAACGCGGGGGUGGGGCUGGCGGGGCGUGCGCGCGCCGCCGUGCACGCGCCCGAGCACGCCGCGCCCACCGACAGCGUGCCCGACAACGCGGGGGUGGGGCUGGCGGGGCGUGCGCGCGCCGCCGUGCACGCGCCCGAGCACGCCGCGCCCACCGACAGCGUGCCCGACAACGCGGGGGUGGGGCUGGCGGGGCGUGCGCGCGCCGCCGUGCACGCGCCCGAGCACGCCGCGCCCACCGACAGCGUGCCCGACAACGCGGGGGUGGGGCUGGCGGGGCGUGCGCGCGCCGCCGUGCACGCGCCCGAGCACGCCGCGCCCACCGACAGCGUGCCCGACAACGCGGGGGUGGGGCUGGCGGGGCGUGCGCGCGCCGCCGUGCACGCGCCCGAGCACGCCGCGCCCACCGACAGCGUGCCCGACAACGCGGGGGUGGGGCUGGCGGGGCGUGCGCGCGCCGCCGUGCACGCGCCCGAGCACGCCGCGCCCACCGACAGCGUGCCCGACAACGCGGGGGUGGGGCUGGCGGGGCGUGCGCGCGCCGCCGUGCACGCGCCCGAGCACGCCGCGCCCACCGACAGCGUGCCCGACAACGCGGGGGUGGGGCUGGCGGGGCGUGCGCGCGCCGCCGUGCACGCGCCCGAGCACGCCGCGCCCACCGACAGCGUGCCCGACAACGCGGGGGUGGGGCUGGCGGGGCGUGCGCGCGCCGCCGUGCACGCGCCCGAGCACGCCGCGCCCACCGACAGCGUGCCCGACAACGCGGGGGUGGGGCUGGCGGGGCGUGCGCGCGCCGCCGUGCACGCGCCCGAGCACGCCGCGCCCACCGACAGCGUGCCCGACAACACCCGUCGCCGGCUGGAAACGGAGGCGACGAUGGCCGGCACGGACACGGCGCCCGCGUUGCUGGCGCACAAGCUGGACAACAAGCGGCCCGAGCCGGACAAACACGUCAACGGAUACUCGACCACGGACAAGCCGACGGCGGAGAAGGAGCCAGAAGCCAGGAGCACCCCGGCGCCGUCGCCCGACCGACAUGCCAAGGAAACGAGCACUUCAGUGGUGACGGGCACAACGGCCACGCGGCCCGAACGGCAGAGCGUGCCACCGUGCAAGCCCAGAGUCGGACCCGGUGGGCCGACGUUGGCUCGGCUUCGCGUGGUGACGGCGCCACCGUGUUGUGUGCAGGAAUUGGCGCAUCAAGAUCACACGCCCGCCACCAGCAACCCAGCUGAAGCGGUCAGCCCUAGGAUCUUAGCUGACGUGGACAGCGUACACUCGGACACGCAUUUUAAGAGAGGAACUCGCAGAACGGCGAGGGCUCGGGCCGACCAGAGCUACACACAAUUUGCUGUCAUGGACGAUGAAAAUGUUUCCGCUCUACAACAGGUGACCAAGGGAGGCGCCCUGACUCUAGUGUCUCUAUGGAAAUCUCAGUUCGACGAUUCAGAAGAGACCACAGACAAUGAAUGGAAACAGGAACAGUUACAGUCCCCAGAGCAUCGAACAGGCGCCAGCAAUGCUCGCAGCAGUGCGGUUUCUAGCUCAGCCAACGCACCGCGCACACAGCGCGCCAACACAAAUGCUCAGCUUAACGCGAGGGACCCUCCCCCCACACUACAGCCCUUGCCGGUGCCGGUCCCGCCGCCUUCGGAGCGCGCCGCGCCCGCGCCCGCGCCGCCGGCCCCGCGGCCGCCGCGCUGCCUGCACAUCCCCGGCAUAGAGGCCUUCCCCAAGCUGCGGCCCGCUUUACCCCGCAGCUGGACUUUACCCGCUAUAGGCGCUCACGUUCGCAAGCUACGACCACCGUUGCUCCAGCAGGCGUCCUUCGACGGCGGCACCGGGGGCUCCCUGCGCUACAGGGUGGACGUGAUGCGGGGCGUCGCCUCCCGCCACGAGGGGCCGGCGUCCCCCACCCCGCUUCAGAGGGCCAACAGCGCGCCGAGCCUAUCAAGUUCGUCAACGACCACAGCGCCGCCGCGGAGACCAGAGAAACAGGACCCGCCAGAGGGCGCCACAGUAUCUAGUCGGCUAGAAAUACGAGUCAGACCGCCUGACUCCACCUCCCCUGGCCAUUCAGUGAAAAUCCAUUCUGUCGUGAGUGGAGGGGAGCCGAUCAGGAACCACGAGGACGCUUCGAUUUAUUACGACGCCACGGACCAUAGAGACAAACGGUCGUUGACCCGAAGCGGAGAGAAGAGUCAAAGCCCAGCCGUAGAGAGGACCAGACUAGACACCAUACCAGAUAGAACUCCAAUUGUGAAACGGGAAGUAUCCAGCGCGGGUGGCGAUGGAUCUCAGAGUUUGAGAGAUCGUUCGACCACCAGCGCCACCACAUCUCGGAUCCCCAUAGCCACCAUGGCGGAGAACAGGCUGGCCAAGUGCGCCUCCUGGAGCGGGGACGGACCCCUGUCCCCGGACCCUAACGAUCUGACGCCAGACAGGUGCAAGUAUCCCAUAGCCACCAUGGCGGAGAACAGGCUGGCCAAGUGCGCCUCCUGGAGCGGGGACGGACCCCUGUCCCCGGACCCUAACGAUCUGACGCCAGCGCUCCGCCGCCGCCGUCAGAACGCCAGUGAGAAGUAUGCGGCGGACCCCGCUCGGGAUUUGAACCUGCGCUUCGCCCGCCCCAGGCACCGGCAGCCGCCCACCGUGCACUCUAGGAGCGGGUCCCGCGGCGUGGCGCUGCUGUCGUCCCCGCCGGGCUCGGGCGCGUCGUCCCCCUCCGCGUCGCCGCCGCCCGCCCCUCCCCCCGCACCCCCCGCACCCCCCGCACCCCCCACCCCCGCCGCCCCCGCCGCCCCCGCCGACCCCGCGCCGCUCGCCGCGCACAACGCCGCGCGAGCCAGGAGGUUCCGCCCCCUCUCCAUCGCGCCAUAGGACACCACAAACAGCUGUGACACAGCGGGGGACUUCUAAACAUAAACACUAACAUACACACAGUAUAUUGUUAUACUCGUUAUGUACAUGUACCUAUGUAUAUGUAGCAAUACUAUUCGCUUAGCACCUUUCCAUACAAACUUGUAUGCAAGGGGUUUCACUUUUCUCUGCAGCCAACUGUACACUUUGAGAUUGUAUAUGAGAUUCGACAAGUCGAGGCCGUCCUGUACAGUCAAGGACAUGUACGCAGACUAAGUGGUCAUAAAUAUCUAUACACUUAUCGAACACAGAUGUUGCAAGAAUUCAUAGGCUAUGGUAUAUGACCACCAGGGGCUUAUUUCUCGAACGAUAUUAGACUAAUAUUAUUAGUCCACGAACUGUCAAAUCGUAUGGAUUGCCAUGCCACACACACUAAUAAUAUUAGACUAAAAUCGUUCGAGAAAUGGGCCCCAGGCCUAUAUUUCUUGCCACAGUGGUGGUUUUUCAGGUUAGCGCGCAAUUUCAGGCGUUUAUAAGCUAAGGUGUCGACUUCCAAGUGCUUUUUGGUGAUGUGUAGACAUUUAUGAGCCUGAUUGUCGAGGGACACAUAAGCUGUGAUACCGGUAUAUGAUGUUGAUACCAAGGUAUAGCCAAAGAUACAUUUGAUUCAGUAAGAUGCGUAAAAUGUAAGACAAUUUCGUGUUUGACAGGUAAACGGUACAUUCUGCGGUAACUCUGAUUGUCAAAAGAUGACGUUUGACGAUUCAGUGACCGCAAAACAUCUGGCGCAGUACAGCGCCAUCUGUUUUGGAUGUCGAAAUAAGGGGCACGUUUUUUUCUUAGACUUUACCUCUGUUUUACAAGCAAUUCUCUUUGGUAUAGCGAACGGAGAAUUAUAUGACUAGUUUUAUUUCAGUGGGGGACCUUUGAGAUUUAACCUUUUGAACGCCAAAACACCUAAAGGUGUCGUUACUAGUCGUGCCCACAGCACAAAGGACCACUAUAGGUGUUAUGGCGGACGCUGUCAAAGUAACCUUCAUCUUACGAGUAGGGUUUACAUUAUUAGCUCGUAAAGUGUUCAAAGGGUUAAGAAACUUUGUGUAACUUAAGUGUUUUAUUAUUUGAUUGUUCGGAUGCGCGAAUAUUAAGGUUGUCACUAUCUCUUUGCUUUGAGUUACGACCACAGAUAAAAUAAUAGCUUUCCCCAAAUUUUACUCAUUUUAGUUUAGAAUAUAAUUAUAUUUUGAACACCACUGAAUGACACGUAGUCAUAUAAUUCUUCCAUGGCCACUGUUAUUUAAAAGUUACGGUACCGAAAACGGUAUAAAAUAUUAAAAUUAUAAAAUUGUGAUCUACUCGAACCUCAACCUAGAAUAAACCUUAUGUUAUUAAUGUUAUUUAAUAGCUUUGUAAGGGAAUUGAGCCGAUUUUCCACGCUUAUGCUAUAUUAUAUACAAAUUUACUUUAACCUUUUCGACGCCAGCGACGGAUAUAUCCGAACCGCAGGUCCAACGACAACGACGGACCACAGGGUUUUAAAUUGCCAGCCAAAUAACGACCUUGAAGUAUAAAUAUAUAGAUGGUCAAGCAAAUCUUGUCAGUAGAAAAAGGCGCGAAAUUCAAAUUUUCUAUGGGAAAUCCUUUCGUGCCUACCGUUUUCAAAUUUGCCGCCUUUUUCUACUGACAAGAUCUGCUUGACCCAGUAUAGAAUUGAAUUUAGAUUUUCUAAAUAUAGAAUUCAAUUUUGAUUCUCUUUUCUGAACCGAAAUGGUGUCGGUGGUCGGUGGCAGGUGUCGGGUUAAUUGGGGCUCUAAGUCAAUGUGUUAAGGUUCAUUUUAAAUUGUACCGUUUGUCGUGUAUAGCCGACAAUGGCGCUUAAACGUUUGGACUGCGAAUUAUAGCUUAACUUUCGUUAUCUAUUCGGAUAUGCUUCCAAACCGCAAUAAGUGCUUUAAUAUCAUUAUAUGUGACGUCCUACGGGUAAAGGUACCUUAUGGCAGUUGGCGCUUACGCUAUUAUUAACGCCGCUCCAAUAUUAUUGCGGCGCUAUGCGACGUAAGCGCCAGUCGCCAUAAGGUACCUUUUGCCGUGGAACGUCACAUAUUUUCAUACUUAAAAAAAAGGUAACAAUAAAAAAAAUCUCGGCUGGUUUUUCUAUGAAAAAAGAAACUUGUAUAAGUAUAGCAUAUGCGCUUGGUAAGGUUACAAAAAGACUAUUUUCUAGAAGUGGUACAGCAGCGUAUUAGAAACAUAUCAUAAUUACCAGUCGAAUUUGGUAUCGUCUUGGGUCGUCCCAUUCGUUUUUCGUCAAGUUCUUAAAUUAGUCCUAUUCUGUUUUCGUCGACCAUUCUACAUUCGUCACAAUCGUCGGUGGCUUUCAAUGUAGAAUGAGUGACGAAAGCAGAAUAGGACUAAUUUAAGAACUUGACAAAAAACGAAUGGGACGACCCAAGACGAUACCUCAAAUUUGUUACUUUCAUCUCAUUUUUUCGGUAUUAAUAAAAGCUUUCUUCAAAACCUGGAAAAUAAAGAUAAAAAUGUUUUUCAUCGACGCAAAUGCUUAAAGACGAAAAUGUUAUAUUAGUAAUGAUAGUUAGGAACGCUCUCACCACUUCUAGUAAUACCUGUGUGUAUGAAAUACGGUGACUCAUUCAUGGGUCAUUCUCAUAAAAUAUGUAUGCUGUCUAAUUGCCGCGACCAAUACAAAAUGUACGAAAAGUCGUGGGAAUUAGACGCAACCGCAGACAUAUUAUCAGAGAAGCCUUAUAGGGUAAUACUAUAGGACUCGCUUUCCCAAGCUAAAUGUUACAUUGCAAUGUAAGAUUACAUUUGUUAUAGUCUGUAUCUUUAGGUAUUUAAAUAAAAGUAAACAAAAUCUACCCUCAAAUGGCUCCUUAAGCCAGCUUAGGGUAGAUCAAAUCAAAACAUUACACGAUCAAAUAAUGUACCUAGGUUAAAGUCACGUUGUUCAGUGACAGUGACGGAUCCAGGCGGUUAUGUAUUUGGCCGGUUAACCAAUAAAUGUUAUAACUACCCGAAAAUGUACAAAUUAUUCGUUUACUUUUAUUUAAAUACCUAAAGAUACAGAGUAUAGUUAUGGUCAUUGGCCAUAAAGGAACAUUUUGACAACUGUAAUGUUCGAAUCAUUUUGAACGGUAAGGUAUUGCCAACUUUUUAAUAUUUUUAUUGUAGCCUGGUGCAUAAGCCUGCGAUCAUUGUACGUAAACUUGUAAGGUGAUAUAUAGUUACUGUAAGCAUCAAGGCAGUGAAAUGUGACGUUCCACGAGUAAAGGUACCUUAAGGCGGUCGGCACUUACGCUAUUAAUAACGACGCUCCAAUACUAAUGCGGUGCUACGUGACGUAAGCGCCGACCGCCAUAAGGUACCUUUUUCCGUGGAUCGUCACUAAUAGUUUUGCUAGCGAUCAUUUCUGUAACUGAGAGGCAAAAUAGUAGUGUAACUGUUUUCUAGUGAAAACCAUGAGAAUUUGAGGCGCUUAUUUUGGUGCACACAUAACGUCAAUUGCGUCGUUUUAGUGAUGAAUAUUACAUGUCAAAUCUAACAAGUCUACGCAGUCCGUCUGUACCUUAAAGCCUGUACAGACUGACUGCAAUUUGUAUGGAAACUAUGUAGUUCCUAUAUAAAUUGCAGUCAGUUUGCAGUCCGUUUGUAUCAGCCCUUAGACAGUUUCUCUGGGCAUAGCCAGUAUUUUCUGCUUGGAAGUGAAACUUUGUGGUUUACCGUGACAUUACGUCAUACGCAACAAAAAUUGUCUAUCAUUUUUACCAACGUAUUAAUGACAAAUGUAAUUAAAAUAUUAGUAACUAAAGUGGCACAGUUGAGCUUAUGGUUAUUAGUCAUUACAUUACAUUAUUUAUAAUUAUUAUUGGUAAACAUGUGCUUGUAUAUACAGAUAACAUUUCUUACAUACUUAUUACAAUGAAAAUACGCGGCAACUGUUUGUAACGAAUCUUACAGAUUGCGAAUUUUAACCUUUUGCCAAUCCACGAGAGUCGAUAUUGCUUUGCCGCCGCUGACGGCAUAUACCGUCGUCUUUUUUAAUAUAGUAGAAGUUUAUAUUUUAUAUGCAAGUACAUUAUCUCAUCUCAAAAUGUAUAUAGUGUUUAGUUAAUUUAAUUGGCUUAUAUAAAUGUUAAGUAUCGCUCAUUAUUUAUUUGACAGGUGCUAGUUUUGUAUAACCUAACUUUUCGUCGAGAGUUUUGACAGAAAAUGUCAAAUCGACCAUUUCCCUUCAGCUGUUGACUCGGUGUCCAUACUAACCCCUAGUCUUGUCUCUUUCGCGUACGUUAAUAAUUAUGUGGUUAAAAAGAGAUAUUUUGAAAUAAAGAAAUAGUUGUAUUCUAAAUUUAAUUUUAGGUGCUACUGAUUUAAAAAUCAUGACAGUUGAAAUGACGAUUCUUUUUACGAAAAAAAAAAUGUACAGAGAGGUUUGCUUUAAUAUUAAAAAAAGGAGAUUAUUUAUUUGAUUAUUUUGCGGCUUCAAUGGUCAUUAUUUAUUUUUAAUUACAAGGUGUAAUGUUCAAAAUAAAUUGUUAUUAUCAAAUUGUUACUUAAUAUAUAUCGUGGCUUAAGAGUGAAUAUAUAAUUAGGGGAUUUUCGAUAAAAAAAAACACUUGAAUAAUAUUAAGCGUUGCUUUUGAAUGAACUGAUUGAAGUGGCUCGAGAUUCGAGAAAGUAAAAAAUUGUAACUUUCGUUAAUAGAAAGUUGGAUUUUGGUCGAAAAUGCAGGGAUGAGUACUGUGUAUCCUUUUCGAAGGAAUGUAUAAAAAAAAGAUAUUUUUCAAAUGUGGAAUUUUGAAAGGAUUUCGCUACUGUGGUUUUUAAAUGUAUCUCAAGGUAUCGAUGUUGCACUUUUAUUCUUUUAAAGUUAAAUAGAUAAUAUUAAAGUAUUUAUUUCAAAUGAAAGCAUUUAACUUAAUAUUCAAUGCAUUUCUAAUACUAUUCUUUUCACAUCAUUCUCAUUUCGAAAUGAUAAUUCAAAUGAAAUGAAAAUGAUUACUUCCUGUUGCUUUUAAUUUGUCUUUGAAUUGUUUUUAAAUACUUUAAUAUUAUUGAUUCUAUACAUAUGUAUAAAAUGGAUAAAUAGUAAUUAUACGUAGAUGCCAUUAAAUUCUAGUCUUGCUGCGUAGUCUUAGAACGAGAAUAUAUGUAAUAAUUAAUUAAUACAAAAAAUAUUUAGCAAUUAAUUAUGAUAUUAAACGAGAGAAAAGGUUGACGCACCUGGAUUGUUUUACAGUGGCAACACAAAGUAAUGUUGCCAGUGUGGAAAGGUCCGAAAAAUGUUGCUGAUUUAAAUUCGCUUUUGAAAGCGCGUUCGGUGUCUAUUUUUAUAUUGAACUCAUCUGUAUGGGGAAAAAAGUGUAUCUCAACUUUUUCCUUGUAUGGGUAAUUUAAAUAGUGAUUAAAUAUUUUGCUUGUAAAAUAAAAUGUGUCAAACCACCAAACCCUUUGACCGCUACAGUCGGCCAUAGCCGACAAAGGUUAAAAUUAACCAAAUAAAAUAGUCGUGGCGGUAAAAAUGUUAAAUUCUGCAAGUAUGGUCAAGUAUUGCUUAAUAAUUUGUAAUUUAUGUAAUAAGUUAUUGGUUUACUAGGAACACAGGAAAAAGUGAUAUUUUUUUAAUUGAUUUCAGCUACAGAUGAGUUCAUUAUGCUAUACCUCAUUUAAUAUAUUAAAUUAGUGAAGUAAUGUACUUACUUCAAGUUACUCUCAAUAAUAUCACGACAAGUAUCUGUUACUACUUGCCUCGAGCCUUUACCAAAAGGGUCUACAAUAUUUAAAAAAAAAAAAUCUGUUCCAAAAAUUGUAAGACACUGGAACUGGACCUUAAAGGAGUAUAAUUAUGUACCAAAAUAGUACAUGUCAAUGUCUAUAGUACCCAUAUCUUUAGCUUUGACUUGAAUAUUCAAGUGACCCAAAAAGGUAGAAUUUCAAUCUAUAGUUUUAAAAAGUGGCAAUACUGUAGUGUCGUCCCUUUCAAAUCAAUGUCUAUAAGAAAACGGGGCGACACUACAGUAUUGCCAUUGCCACUUUUUAUUUUCCACUCUUUUUUGUCAAAAAACAUUUGUGAUUUAUUUAACUUAAUAUAAUAAAUAGGGUAUGGCAACACCGAUGCAUUACAAUUCUAGUCUAUGGCCGCUUCCGUCUCUUAAAUUUUAUCAUUAAAAUAUGAGACAUUAUUUUUGUCAAAUGUAUAAAAAAUGUUAAUAAGUAUAGGGCUCUUUUUUAAAGCAUUGUCUGAGAGCGGUUUUUUUUACGCACGCUCGGUUAACGUUUUAUUUUGCCAUAUUUUUUUACAUUUACCGAAAUAUGCACAAUAAAAUUUUAAUAAAAGGUAAUUUGUCCUUUCA